AUGCAAUCGACAUUUCGGCCCCGCUCCUUAUGGCGAACUGGCAUUCUUGGUACAUGUUUUCGCUCCCGGUUCCAAGUCUAUGGCGGGCCAAACACACGAUUUAUCUCAACAUGGAAGGAAGAGUUGCAUGAGGUCAACCAUGAUACCAAUGCGCCUCUGUCAGGACGAGUGCAUAUUCUCGGAAUGGGCAAUCUAGGUUGCUUUUUUGCUCAUUCUUUAGCCACGAGACGGUCACCGCCGCCAAUCACAAUCUGUUUACACAAUGACUAUCUCUACCAAGCCUUUGUUCGAAAAAGGGGACAAAUUUCUGUCAGCACCCAUGGCCUUGACGAUGUCAGAACGGGAUUCGAUGUUGAAACAGUGGAUGAAGAAGGAAGAUGGUACACAAUGCCACCUGUUGACAACCGGCCCUCGUCGUUCAAUUCCGAGUCUCCACCUGAUAAUGGUCCCAUCGAGUGCCUAAUUAUUUGCACCAAGGCGCAUCACACGGAACUUGCCAUUAAAGAUAUUAGCCACCGCCUGACCAAAGAUUCAACCAUUUGUCUUGUUCAUAAUGGCAUGGGCGUACUCGACUCCAUCAAUCAAAAUGUUUUCCCCGACCCCAACAAUCGACCACAUUACAUCCAAACGGUCUUCAGCCAUGGUCUAGGUAGGAACGACUCGUUCAAGAUUUCGCAUUUGGGCGUUGGGACCACAAUCCUCAGCCCGGUUGGAGAUCCCAAUAUCCCUCCCACGACGCCGGAAGCUGACCAUACGUGGGCGCCGUCCACAAAAUAUCUUCUUCGCCUGUUGACUCUCACUCCACCCUUGGUCGCCGUGGCUGACACACCGGCGGGUCUGUUACAAUAUCAACUUGAGAAAUUGGCAGUUAACUGCGUCAUCAAUCCCCUGACUGCACUGAGCGACUGUACCAAUGGCGAAAUCCUCUACUCGUUCAGCUUCACCCGUGUCAUGCGGCUGCUACUUUUUGAGAUCUCCGCCGUGAUCUGUGCUCUUCCUGAACUACAAGGUAUCCCGGGCAUCGAAGACCGCUUCUCCCCAGAACGCCUGCGUCGUCUGGUCGUGAACAUCGCAAGCAACACGGCCAAGAACCACAGUUCGAUGCAGCAAGAUAUCAACCAGCGGAGAUUGACAGAAAUUGAAUACUUCAACGGAUGGAUUGUGCGUCGCGGUGAAGAACUGGGUAUCAAAUGCGCACUCAACUACAUGAUCAAGCAUUUGGUCGCUGCCAAAGCGGCUACCCAUCGGAGCCGAGAAGCUGGCGCGAUUCCCCUCGACCUCGACAAUGUCAUCUCUACCAAUGAGCCUCCCGUCUAA